CGCAGGCGCGGCAGUGUCCGCUCCAGGACCCAGCCGCCAAAGCUGUGUGUGGGUUUCACGUCCGGGACGGAGCACGAGAGGCAGGCAGUGGAUUUCCGGUUCCGGGAACAACGAACAGCCGCUGGUGCGACAGCUAGGGUUUCGGAGGCGGCGGCCGCAGAGGUGGGAGAAAAGUAGGGCUAGGCGGGACGUGCAGGCGGCAUCUUCGUCAUGGGGCCGCAGGCCUAGCAGAAGCUGCGGGAGCUCCCGGCCCGCGCCGAGCUGGCUGCUGCUAUUUCCUAAAGCCUCCAUGGCUGAGGACUGGCUGGACUGCCCAGCCCUGGGCCCAGGCUGGAAGCGACGGGAGGUCUAUCGAAAGUCUGGGGUCACCUGUGGACGCUCAGACAUCUAUUACCAGAGCCCCACAGGAGACAGGAUCCGAAGCAAAGUUGAGUUGACCCGUUACCUGGGCCCUGCAUGUGACCUUACCCUCUUCAACUUCAAACAAGGCAUCUUGUGCCAUCCAGCCAGCAAGGGCCAUUCUGUGGCCAUUCCCAGCAAGAAGCAAAAGAAGCCUUCAAAGCCAGUGAAGGCUCGGAAUCAUCAGGUUGGACCCCAAAAGGGUGAGAUCAGGAAGGAAACCCCAAAGGAUGAGACCAAGGCUGAUACUGGCACAGCGCAAGCUUCAUUCCCUGCACCUGGGUGCUGUGAGAACUGUGGAAUCAGCUUCUCAAGGGAUGGUACCAAGAGACAGUGGCUUAAGACAUUGUGCAAGGACUGCCGAGCACAGAGAAUUGCCUUCAACCGGGAGCAGAGGAAGUAUAAGCGUGUGGGCUGUGGAGAGUGUGCAGCCUGCCUGGUAAAAGAAGACUGUGGGACCUGCUCUACAUGCCUCCAGCAGCUUUCCCAUGAUGCAGCUCCAAAGCCAUUCUGCAAGUGUGAACGGAGGCGCUGCCUCCGGAUUGUGGAGAAGAGCCGAGGGUGUGGAGUGUGCCGAGGCUGUCAGACCCAAGAGGACUGUGGCCGUUGCAGAGUCUGCCUUCGCCCUCCCCGCCCUGGUGUCAGGCGCCAGUGGAGGUGUGUGCAGCGGCGCUGCCUUCGGGGUAAGAAACGCAGCCAUCGAAGGGGAGGCUGCAACACCAAGAAGGCUCCCCGGAGGCGCUCCCAGGCUCAGCCACCGCCUCAACUUCCUGCAUCAAAGUCCCCAAAGCACAGAGAGCUGCACACCAGUGCUCCAGCGCCCUCAUCACCUGCCGAGUUCAUCUAUUACUGUGUAGAGGAGGAUGAACUACAGCCCUACACGAACCGGCGGCAGAACCGCAAGUGUGGGGCCUGUGCAGCCUGCCUACGGCGGAUGGACUGUGGCCACUGUGACUUCUGCUGCGACAAGCCCAAAUUUGGGGGCAGCAACCACAAGCGCCAGAAGUGUCGUUGGCGCCAGUGCCUGCAGUUUGCUAUGAAGCGACUACUGCCCAGUAUUGGAUCAGCGUCCAAGGAGGGAGCAGAAUCGCCUCCACUGUGCCGUCGCCGAAAGAGGCCCAGCUCUGUAAAACGGCACCGCCCGGGCCCCACACGAAAUCCGUCCCGGACUACACGCACAUCCCGACCAGGCCGUGCCCAGUCUCCAAUGAAGCAGGAAGCAAGUGGUGGCUUUGUAUUGCCCCCACCGGGUACCGAUCUUGUAUUUUUACGGGAGGGUGCCAGCAGUCCUGUGCAGGUGCCUGGCCCUGCGGCAGCUUCCACAGAAGUCCCAUUGCAGGAGGCACAGUGCUCUCGCCUGAGUUGGGUUGUGGCCUUACCCCAGGUGAAGCAAGAAAAGACAGAUACCCAGGAAGAGUGGACCCCAGGCACAGCCAUCCUGACUUCUCCCACAUUGCAACCCGACUGCCCUAACAAGGCAGUAGACCCACUUCUGCCAUCUGUGAAGCAAGAGCCACCAGACCCUGAGGAGGAGAAAGAAGAGAACAAGGAUAACUGUGUCUCUCAGUUAGCCCCAGAAGAGGAGACUGGAGGGGCUGGCACACCUGUGAUCACGGAGAUUUUCAGCCUGGGUGGAACCCGCUUCCGGGACACAGCUGUCUGGUUGCCAAGGUCCAAGAAACUUAAAAAUCCUGGAGCUAGAAAGCAAUAAACUGGAGACUUCUGCAGACUGUAGGAUUCAAGGUGAUACUUGCAGAGCGGCUUUGAGAGACACCCUGAUGUACUAGAGGCUGGGUAGUAGACUGGUUGAAGGGCUGGUGCAUGGAUUAAGCCUAGGAGGAAAAGCUAGCAAACCAAGGAGCAGGCCCACUUAGUACUUAGAAUUUAAGGAAGUCAGUAAAAGUUGGUCAUCUGUUCUUCUGGGCUUCUGAACACAAUGAGAAGCUGUAUUCAUGGGAGGAGAAUCGGGGGUGAGGAAGGAAAUGUAAUUUAAAGUCACUACAAAGAACCUACAAGCCACCUUCAUCGAUGAUUUGAAGUGGCUUCUGGAUGGGACCUGGCAGUGUCUCAACAUUAUCUCAGGGAGACAGGAGUUGAAAAUGCAAUGUCAAUAAAGGAGGAAAGGAAAGGGACCACUGUUUGAUGAGCUCCUGUGGACCAACUACUUUAAUCCUGAAAACAGUCUUUUAAGGAAAACAUUGUGCACUUUUGCAGGUGAGGAAACUGAAACUCAAAAGAUACUAACUUUCCCAGUGUCAAUUAGAAUUGGUAGAGUUUAGCAUUAUGCCCAGAGUGUAAGGUUUUGUUCUUUACGCUGUUGAACUGUUAACUGCAAUCCUGUGUGCAAUAAUGUUACAAUAUUUCAGUAACAGUAUUUUUAGUAGCUUUGAAAAUACACAGUGGAUUUCAAUAAGCACUGUAAUAAACCUUUUAUACUCUUGCCUCUAGCAUGGUUUAGGGACUGCUAAGGCUAUAUGUAGGUGGGUUCAUCUUGUCAGAGCACCUAUUCAUCCUCAAACUGGAUUCCCCACAGACAGCAGAUGCUGCAUAGGAUUUUUCAAAUCCUAAAGAGUAUUCCUACCCACCAGCUGCUCCCUGACCUCCCCGACCUCAGCCAGAGCAGUGUUUGGAACUAAAAUUGCCUGACUGGCUAUAUCUUCCCUGACAAUGAACAUCUUCUAUCCUCUAAUGACCCUUGUGCAUGGUUCUUGCCUCCAGCUCAAAUAUCUACUAGGAGGCUCAUUUCCUGCUACAAGUCCUGCCCUAAGGGCCACUCUUGGCUUAGCCCUACCUCACUCUCCAUACUUCAUUAAUUGCCAGAAAGACAUGUAGCUUGUAACUUAACCACCUUUACAGUGCCAGAACUGGGUGAGUGCCCCUUAAAUUUAUAUCAUACGGUGUUCCUUACCUUAACCUUAUUCCUGGCCCUGCAACUUUAGGUAAUUCAGAUAAAGAUUAUUCCUUUUAUUUUUUAAGACAAGGUCUUGAUUUACAGCUCAGAAUUGCUUUGAACUCACUUUGUAGCCCUGGCUAGUCUCAAACUCAUAACAAUAAUUCUCCUGCCUCUACCUUCCAGGUGCUAAUAUCAUCUCCCAUUUCUAAUUCUCAAGAUACAGCUGUCUGCCACACUUUUCUUCCUUUGCCCUUCCUUACCUAGUUCUGUCCUGGCCAAGACUGGAUAUUCUGAUGAUGCUCUAUUUCCACUAGGAGCCAAUCACUAGCUCUAGUAUUCUGAUAGUGAUAUUCUAAGGGAAAUGUGUUUGCUUGACAUCCCAACUGAAAGAAGAGUCUGAUUACUGUGUGUGUUAAUUAGGGUACAGUCAAAACAGCAGAAACCUCUUAAGACAGCGAUGAUGUAUGUGAUUAUGUAGAGGGAUUCAACCUUACACAUGGUGGGUACUGGUUACACAGUCUCUGGUAAGGUUGUUAAUUCUGCAUCUCAUGCUGGAGCUUGAAGUCUGCAGCAGGCAGUCGGGAAGGGAAGAUGAAUGUAAACUGUGGGAGACCCAGGACAUAUUGGAGCCCACGAGCAGAAGCUGGGACCCACAAGUAUGGCCUGGAACCCAAGUCAGUUUCUCACCACCUCCAGCUUCGAUGCUCCCAGGGGAGGUGGAGCAGUGGCAAGCCUAGGUGUAGGCCUGACUGCUGCCCCACACCAAUGAGGUGAGCCAGCAGAAAACGGACAUCACUCGUGAACUGCUGAGCUACGGCAGCGCCUUGUCUCCACAUCAGCCUUGCAAGUGUAAAAAUCUCAGUAUGCUGCUGCUUCACUUCUGUCCUCCAGUUAUCAGAGAAAAUGUGUACCCAGAAGCAUAUGGGGAAGGGAGUUCCAGGACGUGGCCCCCGCCAUGUUAUAAAGCCCUCCUCCCAUGAAUCCGCUCCUGAGGGUCUCACUACUCACCCGAGGAUAACUUGGUAAAGCUGUAUUGUUGAAAAUACAAAGCUGAAGACCAUGGAUUUCAUGGUGACUCCAGCAAGGAAGGAAAUCCUGUCAAGCCCACACAGAAGAAACUUUCUGAUCUUGGUUAUUUUUGUGUCAUUCAUUCAAGUAUUAACCUGGCCCAUAGUAGGCAUUGUACUUAAUCCUAGGAUAUAGGGAGGAAAAAUAGGGUCCAUUCAGUCUUAUUAGAUGCACUCCUUUAUUACAAGCAGCAAAUGGAUCUCCAAAUUUAUCAUGAACUUUAAUGCUGAAAUAUGCAAUCCAGGCAACUUUGGGAAAGCCAGCUCUUGUGAGAAUCUUGUUGGGGCACAGUAAAUGUUGGAAAUAAUUUAAAUAAUUUCUACCUAAGCUGUUACAUUUUAAAAUAAUUUUUUAUUGUUCCAUUUACUGAACUAUAUGCUUAGUGUUUCUUUGGGGAAGGUUUUGGUGAUGGUAUCUGUGUUGGCUACCUUGAAGAAGCUGGGAUGCUGGGAGACAGGAUAAAGUUCAGUUUUGUCACUUCUCUAGACGUCCAAGUGUGAUGAAUGAGACACACCACUGGUGUUGAAUCUCCUGUGCAGGACAUGGUUCCAGUCCUUCAACCUCCUCAGGAACCCUCCAGGCCAAUGGGGGCUAUUAUACAGGUUCUGACCUUGGCGAUACUAAGCAACCAAGAAUCACUACCUUUCACUGGGUGGGACCCAGAGGAAGCCAAUUCCCUUCUUUAGAGUGGUGAAACAGGCAGAACUGAACUGGUUACUAUGAAGCUCACUUUGAGUGAGCUCCUAGCAUGAUGAAAUCUCCCAGGGCAGCUGCACAGUCCUAGUUGGUCUCCCCAUGCUUUUGCAAACCCCAGCAGAACCCUUUGGGAUGUAUAACUCUGAGACACUGGGCAAGCACCCCUGAAUAUUAAGUGGCCUAUCAAGGUGUUCCUGUUUUCAGAGUGCAUGGGGGAGGGGGGGCGCCGUGGGUCGUUCCAUAUAGAUAAACACCAGGAGGUGCAAAGAUCCAAGAGUCAUUCCUCAGGACACUAGGGAACCAAACAAUCUCCUAAUUUCCUUCUUUUUUGUUGUUUGUUUGUUUGUUUCAGGCUACAUAAACUCUUAGCAGUAAAUGAAAAUGAGUAUUUUACUGAACUACAGUUGAAAGAAGAAGCAUUGUAGGAGGAAAA